UUCUGUUGCAGUUUGAAGUUGAAGAUUUGUUGCAUUUUGAAUAUUUCAUUAUUUGAAUUCGGCUUGAUGCGAAAAAUACAAGUGUUAAUUUAAACUAAAUAUAUUUUUCUAGCCAGCAGCGAACUUUGUUGCAAAAUAGCAAAAGCAACCAAAUGUUGGAAUUAACACCUGCUAACAAAGUGCUUACAGAUCCGUAGCAGUUCCCAGCAGCUAACCAAUCGAUAGUCACAAUGCGAUAGUUCAAUGUGGGUGACCACAGACAACGAGCGAAAACUUACAUCUUUAGUAGAAUAUGGAAUAUGCUAUAUAAAUCAAAGCUGAAAUAAAAAUGGAAGAAUUUCGCAGUUUGUUCCUUAGGAAUAUUAUCAUAACAUAUGAAAGUCAUUACUACCAAUUUCAUAACUUUAAAUCAGUACAAGAGCGUGGGAGAAUGACAGAACCCGAAACCAGGAAAUGGUGCGUAACCGUGCGGAUACGUUGCCCAAAACGGAUAUGUUCAAAAACAAGGCGUAAGCAAUGCUUGGUAACCGCUGGCAACAGUGACCCCCAAACAUAAUGGAUCCAAAAUAUUGAUAAAGCGCAAUGCAUUUAACAAUUUCCACUGGAGCAGAUAUGAGCACUCACAUGGGCCGAACAUAUUUGAAUUCCUGUGUCAAAGUGCCUAUAGAUCCAUGCAAUAAUUGUCCGGCACCCGUCUAUAAUCGUCCCAAGCUAUGCAUGGGUAAAAAGACCAAGGCGUCGGCAUCGAGCUGCAAGCAGCAGGAUGCAGCAGCGGCAUUAACCUGCACGGAUCAGACGGGCAUUAGAACACUGGCCAAGUUCUACGACAGCAUACCAGACUACUGUGAGGUGAAACAUCUACACAAAGCAGAAUUCUACUCAACUCUAGAAAGUCUACGCACCACCAGCCGAGAGCUGCGCGCUCUGCCUACACAGCCAGAACUAAAGGAAGCCCGCGCCAGCACCAGCAGCAGCUUCAGUAUAACCAAACAGCGACACGUCAAAGGCAAGAAACUAAAAAAGAAGACUUCCAGCAUACCUCCGCUGAUCUUGGCAGACCAUCCCAUUAUGCCUACUCCCGACGUCACGCACAGCUCUAGCUGCCCCAGCGAUGAGUAUGAAAAGUGCGUGCGUGAUUUGAGCCGCAUCGCAAAUUUCAAACAGGAAUUUGCCCUUGAGGUGGCCGACUUUAAACGAUCUCUUAAGCUGUUCGAGAAAGAGUUCAAGCGCAAUGCCGAGCGGCCCAAAUCCACCAGUAGUGGCACGCAAGCCAGCAAAACUGCGCCAUCAGUCAAGGUACCAGCUAUGCACACCGCAGCACGCGCAAAAGUUCGCAGCGAAAUGCUGCGAAAAUGCUUCAGUGUUAAUGAUUUGAGUGCCAGUGCGACACCAACGCCCAAAAUGGAGCUUCUAACGCUGAGCAACUAUUUUCCGACUAAAGAGGUACCCAAGCUACAAAUCGAAUCCCCGCCGGCAUCUUCCAAGCGUAGCAGCUGCAGUGCCGUUUCAGGCUCAAGUCGCGUGCGCAGGCGACGUGCUCGAAAAGCGAAAGUAGCGGCAGUGGAGACGGACCAGCAGCAGCAGCCUGAGUUACUGAACAUCUUUGAGGUAGAGCAGUCAACAAAGCGCACAUCAAGUGUGUCCCCACAACAUCCGGUGGCACGACCUAAUCUAGCAGCCACACUACGAGCCGAGGUUUCACGCAAAAAGGUUAAGGAGCUGCAGAACAACUGCACGUAUCACGAUCCCAGGCCGCAAUUUGACUGGGAGGUCCGAAAAACGCCCGCCUGGAAAUCGCUUUCACUUAACGAACCUCAUAAGGCACUGCUAUCCAUACGUCUAGCCACGCGCAAGGCGGAGCAGGCGCUGCAGGAGCGUCAAUACGAGCUGCACAUGCAAAUGAUGCAACAGCGUGUCAAAUCCGCGCCACUGCUGCUAGAGGGCCCCACCUUUUGGGGCCCAGAGGUGGGCAAGCUCAGCCACAGUUGCCGCAGUGAAGGCAUGCGACAUGCCUGCGAGAGCAGUCUACAUCGCCGGAGUAAGCAGUCCAAGAAAAAGUGCAACAGUAGCCGAUGCCCCACAGCCGUCACCGAUGCAGAGGCCAAACUGCAACAGAUACGUAAAAUCUAUGGCUCUCCACUCAAGUGCAGCUCUCGGCAAUCUCAGCGCUCCACUUCCCGUCGUCGCCACGUAGAACAGACGCCCGAGCCGCACGACAGCGGCGAUGAUUUGUGCAGCGUCGAUCGCGCCUUUCUGUAAACCAUAGCUCAACCCAAGACAAUGUUUUUAAUUAAUGUCUGUGGCCCAACACAAAAUACAAAUUCAUUGAAACUUUUCUCUGAUUCUGACAAAACUCGUAGCUUUAUUCAAGGCUGUUUUAGUGUGUACAGCGCCACAAAGUCUUCUACUACAGGAUAAGCGAUUCUCUCUUCCUCGCUGAGCGGAACAUUGCCAGGCCGUUGUAGCAAAAUAGUGAGCAUACCUGCAGCACGAGCGGCAGCGGCCUCUGUGAGCGGAGAAAAAGGUAAGAACAGCGGAAAAUAAGAGUAUAAUUCAAAUAUAAAGCUACUACAAAACGCACCGCCCGGCACAUCCGUAAGGAAAAGCACAUGCUGCGGUUCCACCUGAAGUAUUUGGGAAAUUUUCGUGUACGACUCCGUCUGCUGUUUGUGUCCCACGUUGGUGUCAAAGUGUGCACUGAGAUGUGGCAGCAAGUCGCCAGCUAUGCUGUGCUGGAAAAUCAGCUUUUGGGCAGCCACACUGCCGCUCGAGUAGACAGCAAUGCGAAGACCAGCCUCACGCCAGGUAUGAAAGGCCGUGGCCACAUCCUCGUAUACACUGCAAUUGGGGAGCAAAGAAUUGUCAAGUUUAAUCAGCAGUUUUGGGUCCAACUUACUGUCCCCUUAGCUGGCCGGAAGCAUAGCCCUUGGCCCAGAUCAAACCCUGCAGCGUUUUUAGCGGUGUCACCUUCAAAUCUCUCUCGAUAAGAUAACGCACAAAUCCAGUGAUAAGCUGUGCGUCUACUGCGGUCUGAGUACCCAGAGUCGACGCAUAUU